AGUUGUACGGUCGUGACGUCGGCGGUUGCCGUGGAGAGACCCGCUCGGUCCCGACCGAGAGCUGGCGUCAGGAGCCGCAGGGUCACAGCGUGUCUUUGAAGCUGCCUCCGCCGCCACCAUGAGCGGCCGAAGUCGGGGUCGAAAGUCCUCCCGCGCCAAAAACCGGGGCAAAGGCCGCGCCAAAGCCCGAGUCCGCCCUGCUCCGGACGACGCCCCGCGCGACCCGGACCCUUCACAGUACCAGAGUCUCGGGGAAGACACCCAGGCGGCACAGGUGCAGGCUGGCGCGGGGUGGGGUGGCCUGGAAGCCGCUGCUUCCCCGCAGCUCCUCCGGCUCGGGGAGGAGGCCGCCUGCCGGCUCCCCCUGGACUGUGGCCUCGCGCUGCGGGCCCGAGCUGCGGGGGACCGCGGCCAGGCCGCGGCCAGGCCCGGCCCGGGGAAGGCCGCAUCUCUCUCGGAGCGCCUGGCCGCAGACACUGUCUUCGUGGGAACAGCGGGAACCGUGGGAAGGCCGAAAAAUGCCCCCCGCGUUGGAAACCGGCGUGGCUCUGCCGGGAAGAAGGCCCCAGAAACCUGUAGCACCGCGGGGAGGGGGCCUCAGGUCAUAGCUGGUGGGAGGCAGAAGAAAGGGGCGGCAGGGGAGAAUACCUCGGUGUCAGCUGGGGAGGAAAAGAAGGAAGAGAGGGAUGCAGGGUCGGGGCCCCCAGCGACGGAAGGCAGCAUGGAUACGCUGGAGAACGUGCAGCUGAAGCUGGAGAACAUGAACGCCCAGGCGGACAGGGCCUACCUUCGGCUCUCCAGGAAGUUUGGGCAGUUGCGACUGCAGCACUUGGAGCGCAGGAACCACCUCAUCCAAAAUAUCCCGGGCUUCUGGGGGCAAGCAUUUCAGAACCACCCCCAGCUAGCAUCCUUUCUGAAUAGCCAAGAGAAAGAGGUACUGAGCUACUUAAACAGCUUGGAAGUGGAAGAGCUCGGCCUUGCCAGAUUGGGCUACAAAAUCAAGUUCUACUUCGAUCGCAACCCGUAUUUCCAAAAUAAGGUGCUCAUCAAGGAAUAUGGGUGUGGUCCUUCUGGCCAGGUGGUGUCUCGUUCUACUCCAAUCCAGUGGCUCCCAGGGCAUGAUCUCCAGUCCCUAAGCCAGGGAAACCCAGAAAACAACCGUAGUUUCUUUGGGUGGUUUUCAAACCACAGCUCCAUUGAGUCUGACAAGAUCGUGGAGAUAAUCAACGAAGAAUUGUGGCCCAAUCCCUUGCAGUUCUACCUUUUGAGUGAAGGGGCUCGUGUAGAGAAAGGAAAGGAAAAAGAAGGCAGGCAAGGUCCAGGAAAGCAGCCAAUGGAGACUACUCAGCCUGGGGUGAGCCAGUCCAACUGAUCCUGCACAAGUCUCGCUGCUACCUCCUGCUGGGCUGCUCCUGGUUGACUACAUAUUUGGCUCUCUGCCUUCUCUUCAUGUUGGCCUCUGUGUACUAUAGACCCUUUGGACUUUAGUUACAAGAAUAUGGCAUUUAUGAUCAUGUUCUUUUGCCUCCCAUAGCCUCUUGCUUUUCUACGUUAGUGUCACAUGUUAUGUGAUCGCACCCGGACUGUUCUUAUGUUAAGCACACGUACUUUACAUGUGUGCUGCCUGUUAUCUACAUUGCCUGGACCUUGUUCUUGGCUCUGGCCUUUCCUACUUGUCUUUAACAUGGACACUCAUGAGUCAUCCUCCAGGAAGACCAGUGCAUCCUCAAGCUCUGCUCCUUCAGGGCCAGUGACUUGCUGGGCUUCGUGUUCAUGCUGGCCACGCGUGUCAUCUAUGCAAGCGUUUCCAUUGCCACUGCAGAAUGAAGCCAGUGCACAUGGUAUUAGUCAUCAGCCAGAACUUACUGUUCUGUGGGUCUGGGGUCACCAGCUAAGAUGUCACCUGCUUUAUUUCUGGCUUUGGCCUGUGGUCCGUGAUACCCAUCCUGCUUGAUGUUCUGCAGAAUGGCACUUGACUGCUGGGCAUGCAUGAAGUUAAGGGCAAGAAACAGUAUGCCAUGUGUUCUGUACCAUUAUGUGUCUUUUCUUGCUUCUGGGCCCUUCUGCUGGUGAACUUUCAUCAAGAUCUGUGCCAUGCCGUGUCACUAUCAAGCCAUUAAGUUUUGUCUGGGUUGCUGUCAGCCCCAGUUGGCUUCCUGGUCAACAAGGACCUCAAGAACUGCCUGUGGACCGAGGCCCCCUACCAGUGCAUGAGACACACACCUACCCUCCCCAGCUUUCCAGGAACCCUACUGGCUGCCAGACUGAUGGGCGGGCUGGUAUGUGUGGACAUGUGUUCAUGUCAUUAUGCUGUGGCUCCAGGACACUUGAGGAAAGAGUUUGGAAAAGAGACGGUGGUCAGAAAAGAGCUGUCAGGAUUUUCCAGUGUCUAGAAAUGCAUUGCUUGAAGAGCAGCAGAAUAUAUUACACUGGAGAAGAGAAGACUGUAAGGGACUAGAUGCUUCAUCUGCAAGAAGAGUAGACUUUCCCUGAAGGAAUAAUCAGGCCAGUGAGAAAGAGCAUAUGCACAUAGAUUUGAGCUCAGUAAAGAAUAAACCUGAGCAGUCCCACAAGGGAACAGUACUCCCCAGAGGAUAAGCUGCCAAAUAUGGGCAGUGUUCAAGCAGAGGUGCAAGGAACACCUGCCAGGUAAACAAUGGACACCUGCCCUGAGGAGGCCAUGAGAUAGAUCAUCUCCAAAGACACCAUCAACCUCUAUGAAAAGGAAGGAUGGGCUUAUUAUGACCACUAUUCAGAGAGAAGAAACUCUUAAUGUUUUCCUGUGAUAUUAGUAUUGUUUUCUAGUGCAAAUUCCUAUCAUCAUGCUGCUCUUCAACUGGAACCAAAACAAAAGUUUAACAUUAUAUUAUACUACUAAUAAAAUUAAUGAUUAAGGAAAUCUGCCAUCCUAAACAGAACCUUUUAUGAGUUAAAAUUUGCCUUCCUGAAUUGGAGCUAUGCUGUAUUGACAACUUCCAUUGGAACCCUGGCACAUACAGUAGGAAGGCAUAAUAACUAAGAUCCCUAUCAAUACCAACUUUUAGGGGAGAACUGCAUACUUUAUAGUGUCCUUUGAUAAUCCAUGAUGGACUGUUAUUUCUACAUUUGCCUGUUUUCACAUUUACUUUUUAUGUUUUGAUUCUACAGAUGGAAAGUUCCACAAAAUUAUCAUCCACUGUGUAAAACAGUACUUCAUUUUAUCUCAACUAAAAUUACUUUCUUAAGUAUGAAAUACAUAACAAUCAUAAUUUUGUAGACAUUUCUAAAUAAGACUUUUUUCUCUAUUUACAGGCUAAAGAUUGCUAUACCCCUUAUAAUAGUCUCAUCAUGCCAUUUUGGUGGUUCCUUCUGAAACUUUCUUGAAUUCCACUAGAUUUUGGAGAUGUAGCAAGCAAAACUAUGAUGUAUCCUAUACAUUUUUUUGUAUGUUAUAUAUAAACUGUAAGAACCUUCUUGACAGCUCCCAAGAUUUACUCAAUCUUUUUAAUUGCAUAGAGCUACAGACAUUAGGAAAACUACAAUGACUCUAGAUUCCUUUGCAGGCUCCUACAAUCACACCCUAUCAAAGCUAGAAUGACUUUAGGAGAUUGUGGCCAACAUUCUACUUUUCCACAGAGAAGGAAUGUUUGCCCAAGUGGCAGGGCCUGAAAAUAGAAGCCAGAGAGUUUGACCCAGAGCUGAGGACUAUUUCAAUCAUAUCCCUCUGUCUGCUUCACUAAAGAUGGGGCAGAAGCUACUUUUGACUGCUUUUUUUCUAAUGCAUGACCUUUUAUUUGAGUAUGCUAAAAAUUAAUCUGCCAGUUUUUGCUUACUCACAUGGCAUAAUGAGUGCUUUCAAUAAUUUCUCACUACCACCUUGACAUGAGCAAGUUACUUAAUCUCUCUAACCUUUGUUUCUCUCUCUGUAAAGUGGGAAUGAUAAUACGAACCUUCCCUUAAAAAGUGUGUUGUAAGAAAUAAAUGAGAUGACUUGUUUAUCACGAUCAUAUUCCUGGCACAUAGUGCAAACUCUUUAAAUUGUUUCCAUUACUGAUUAUGUCAUAAUUAUUGUAAGAUGACCUCAAACAUUCAAAAAAAACCAAUUCUCUCUAGGAAAGAUUCACUUGGGAAGCUGAAAAGCGUAAGCAUGUUUUAUACAGACUGCUUAUGCGGGCAUUGGUUUAGGGUACUAUGCACUGCCAGUUUGAAUUACAGGGAGUAUCAAUCAAAAGCACGUUAUUUAGAAAGGUGAAAAUAUUCUAAAAAUGUUGUUUGGUGAACCUAAGUUAAAACAGCAUGAACUUAUUCCACUUAAAAACAUCCAUACACCGUGAAAUAGGUAAGUUACAUUUUUAUUUCAAUAAUAGCUUGCAAAAGGGGAAAAAGCUAUAGCUCAAGCAAUCAUAUACAAAACCUCUCUAAAAAACUCUGGAGUUACAAGGUAACCAGGUAGCAUUGGUGAAAAUGAAUUCAGGUGUUUGAACUGAAGCUUCCCAAAAUGCACCAGGGGCUAGUUUUGACCUGGUGAUAGCGAAUUUUAAGAAUGUAAAUUGCAUUUACAGAGUUGGCAAGACUGGCCAUAGACUGGCUCUCUCCCUAAAAGGGCCUUGAACACAGGGAGAAUAUCCAGAAUGGGACCUUAGAGAAAGCAUCAAAAGUCUGCCAUAUUUCACAUAGAAAUGAGAAGCUUAAGCUGGGGACUAAAAGUAUUUCCUGAUAUCACAUUUGAGCAUAACCUCUGUAACGAUUGACAAGCAUGGGGAAUGGAGAAGAAAAGGCAAAUAUCAGGUUUUUUUUAAUGCCAUUACAGACAAAUUUUAGUGCAGCGUUGUUUAAAGAUGAAAGAAAAAACUAAAUGGUCUGUCAAAGAAGCAUUAUUUCAUCUGUUUUAACUCUGUAACAAUUUAUGAGUUUUAAUCUCCAUAAAUUCCUUCAGUAAACCACAAUACAGUAGGACAUAUUUUAACCUUGUCUUUCUCCCUCUUAUUACAACACAGUAAUUAAGAUCUGGGUUUCAGAGGCAAGCAGGCCGGGAUUUGAAGUCCACCUCUGCCACUUACUAGGAACCUCAGCAAGCUGCUUGAGCUCUCUGCGCUCCCUCUUUUAUGUAUCUAAAAAUGGAUGUUAACAUCUGUCCACAGAGUUGAUGUAACAGCAAUUGCAAGGAAGGUCCUAAUGCAUUGCCUAGUAUCCAGUGUAUGCUCAAUCCAUCUAGCAUCCUAAUUCAUUUUAGAAUUUAAUUACAUAUUUUAUUGUUUUCAUAAUGUCCAAUUGCUGUGGUGUAUGUUCUUGGUAAAAGUGGCUCUGAUAGUAGUUCUGAAGCAGUUGAGGGGCAACAGACACACUCCCCUGGUGGUAGGGGCUGGGAAAUGGAGAAAGGGUGCAUAGCUUGAAAAUUAAAAAGCCUCCUAUUUCAGAUUCUCACAGAUUUCUACUGGGGAGAGGGGAGGAGGAGACCCUCCAACCUCAGCCUUCAGCUGAGAAACACCGGCCUUUCUAAUGACAGAGACCUUUUUAUUUCCUUCCCAUGUAUUCCUCACAAGGCCU